AUGGCCAGUAACGUCGAAGCCUGGACCUUGCUGUCCUUGGGCCUGUUUACUAUCAUCGUGCGCAUUUCAGUACGAUGGAAACUUGUUGGACCUGCCAGCUUCCAGCUGGAUGAUUAUCUGAUGCCACUGGCUGGCAUUUGCUUCAUUUUGGAAACCAUAGCCGCAUAUCUCGUCGGUGCUCGAUUUGAAGGUCUCACGAAUAGCUUCAUGACGACCGAGCAACGAGCAACUUUGGACCCCGCCUCUACUGAAUGGUCAAACCGUGUGGCUGGAUCAAAGAUCCAGAUCAUCGGUUGGUCGUUAUAUGUGGCCAUUCUAUGGCUGAUCAAGUUUAGCUUGGCUAUCUUCUACGGUCGACUGACGACUGGCCUCCAACAUCUUCCCACUCGAGUUCGAGUGGCAUAUGUCAUUCUCGCUGUAACAUGGAUUGCAACUCAGCUGUCUCUCCUUCUUUCAUGCCAACCCUUCCAUGCAUUCUGGCAAAUUACUCCCAAUCCUGGAAAUUUCUGUCAACCAACUAUCUCCCGCGUCUAUGUUCUCCUUACCGUGAUUCUCAAUAUCGUCACAGACAUGUACCUUCUUUCGAUCCCACUUCCUCUCCUCUGGACCGUCAACAUUGGCAUGAAGCGCAAAGUCCCUCUCAUGGCCCUCUUCUCCGGUGCCACCUUCGUCAUGAUCGCCGGUAUCAUUCGAGCCGCGACAAUUAUGAGCAACAGCCCCGACGGUGCCGUAGCAGGAUCCAAGUGGGCCUGCCGUGAGACUUUCGUGUCAAUCGUCGUCUCCAAUCUCCCCAUCAUCCAACCUCUCAUCCGCAGAGGCUUCAAGAAGAUCGGUCUCUCCCAGCUGUUCAGUUCUUCUGGCAAGAACUCUCAAUCAUACCCACUCUCCACCAGUCGAGGUCUGCAGACCUUGACAAACCGUGGUGAUCGUGACAAGAAGAGCAAGAUGAGUGGAGCAGGACCUUCGCACAUGCAGACGUCUGCAUGGGGCAGUGAUGAGCACAUUCUCGCCCAGUCCGAACCGUCUUCCAAGGACAUCACGGUUGUCUCAGAGACUGUUGUGCAGAGUGAGCCGUGGGCUGUGGAGGGGGCUUCUGGGGCAGCUCAUUCGACAUCCCCUAAGGAGUGGGGAAACCGACUUUCCAACCGGUGA